AUGGCCUCGCACACGAAGAAAGACGAUUUCUGUCUGGAGUGCCACUGGGAGGCAUUCCAUCUGGAUGCCAAAGACCCGGAGGAGCCUACCGGGGCGGAGGCUCCAGGGCCUCAGUGGAAUUGUUCCGAGGAGGAUCAGGUGCUCCCCCACUGUGAGGUCGGGGAGGACUGCCCCGUGGACGACGAUUGCUGUGACAUGGACAAUUGCUCCGUCACCUGCCCGUCGGUCUGCGACGGGUUCGUCGACUGCGACGAGGCCGCCGUGUGCUCUGUAUCACAUUGCGACGAUGCCCACUGCAACGAUACCCAUUGCGACAGCACGGACCCGGUGUGCUUCGACGAGCACUGCUUCGGCAGCGGCAGCCACGCCGACGGCGAGCACAGCCUGGAGGCGUUAUUAGCGUUGGGGUCGCCGCUGAACCUCGAGUCCAGCGACCUGCUGUCGCCGACCGCGCUGCCCCCGGUGCCGGGCGAGCAGCCCAAGAGCGUCGGGCUCCCUGCGGCCCCCGGGCUCGUGGGUUCCACAGAUGCCUUCUUCGCGCCCUUCGCGCCUGUCCCGGUGUCACACUGUCACGCUCACAGCCACCAGCACUUCCAGUGCCACGACUUCUCCAAGGACGCGCACCACGCCUGGUAUCCGAUGCCCACCUCGGUCAACCCGGCGGACGUCUUCCACAUGAUGGGGGUGUGUCCGGACCUGACGGCCUGCCAUCACCAGUAUCAUGUGCAGCAGGUGCCGGACUGCAGUGAGCAUCCCAAGCCCACGGACGAUCCGGCCUCGAAUUCAUUUACCUGCUUGCACAUCAACCCGAACCCGAACCACACCCAUAGCCACGAUCACGGCCACGGCCAUUCCCACGGUCACAGCCACAUCCCCCACAUCCACACCCACCAUGCGACCGAGACGGCCGCGAUGACCGAGCCAACCGCCACACACGAACCGCCCAUCCCUAACCCUACGACACACCGCAAACCGUGCCGGACGCACGUCCAUCGCUGCCGGACGCACAGCCACGCGCACCACCAUUACUCCCCGUACUCGCCGUACUCGCGCCAGUCGCGGUCCAGCGUGAGCUCGCAGCUGAGUCCGGGGGACACGCCGCCUCCGCUGGACGGGGGCGGCGGCUCGUCUUCUGUGCUGACCAGCCCCGAGUACAUCCCGGAGGAGGCCCACGUGUGCCGCUGGACGACCAUGACGGAUGGAAUCAAGACGCCGUGCGGCGCCACCUUCGCGGACUCGUGCGGCCUGCAGGAGCAUCUCAUUGGCAGCCACAUGGCCACGGUGGCGGGGGCCAAGGGGACGGGGUAUUACUGUUGCUGGGAGGGGUGCCACCGCCCGGACGAGCCGUUUUCGCAGAAGUCGAAGCUGCAGGGCCACUUUCUGACGCACAGCAACUACAAGAACUUCAAGUGUUCGGUCUGCGGCAAGUUCUUUGCGCGGCAGGCGACGCUGGAGCGGCACGAGCGCAGCCACCGCGGGGAGAAGCCGUACAAAUGCGCCGAGUGCGGCAAGUCGUUCACCGACAGCAGCGAGCUGAAAACGCAUUCGCGGACGCAUACGGGCGAGAAGCCGUUCAAAUGCACGUAUCCGGGGUGUACCUUCCAGACGGGCGAUUCGUCCAACAUGUCCAGUCACCGGUUGACGCACGGGGAACGACGGCAUAAAUGCCAUUAUCCGGGGUGUACGAAGAGCUUCACUCGACACGAUCAAUUGAAACGACACCUGAAAAGCACCCAUAAAGACAGCGGCAGCAGCAGUGGCAGCAGCAACAGCAUGAUGAUGCCCUCGCCGUCGCCAUUGACGGAGCAAUUCGGCCUGUCGCUGGCCGAGGUGGCGUGA